AUGAAGAAAAUUAAUGAGGUGCCAUCUAUAAAUAAAAUAUAUGAUAAGGAAACUGAAAUUAAAAAAUAAAGAGAAAUUGAAAGAAAGAAAAAGAUUAAAGAAGAAUUGGAUAAAUAAUUAUUGAAAAUAAUCUAAAAAGAUAUUGAGCAAAAGAGAAGAAAAUCCAUUCUAUGA